AAUCAGCAAUCCGAAUGGUUCCCCUACACGGGUUACUUUUUUACUUUAUCCUGGGCCUUCAGCUUACUAUUUCCGAAGUCAUGGCCAGAUUUUGCGGCGGCUCCUUGGAAAACGAGUGUGUGCUGCGGCCGAACUGCAAGAUUGGCACCGAGAACGGAAAGCCGAUCAUAGACUUUCAAGAGCUUCAAGGCGGAAAUCGGGGAUGUGCCACUACGGAAACCUGCUGUCCCAAAUCAGAAGUUCGGAAGAUAAGUUCUAUGAAUAACUGGUACCCAUUUCAGCGGAACUGCGGCAACGUCAACAGCAUGGGCCUGACUUUCACCAUAAGGGGCUUUGAUGACCUGGCCCAGGAGGCCGAGCUGCCCUGGAUGGUGGCUCUGCUGGAUGCCACAAGACUGCAAUACAAGGCAGCCGGCUCCCUUAUUGCCCCGGAUGUGGUGCUCACAGCCACGCAUGUGACGCAAAAAGUGAACGAAGGCCAGCUCAUUGUGCGGGCUGGCGAAUGGGAUUUCAAUACUAAAACCGAGCAGCAGAAACAUGUCGAUGUUGCCAUCAGGAAGAUCGUUCGCCACCCUGACUUUUCUAUAUCAACUGGAGCCAACAAUGUGGCCCUUCUGUUCCUAGAGGGACCGCUCGAGCUAUCCCGCCAUAUUAACAUUAUCUGCCUGCCGCCGCCGAACCGGAACUUUAUUCGAGACCGAUGCUUUGUCAGUGGUUGGGGUAAGAAACACAUCGAGGACAACAAUUACAUGAACAUCCUGAAGAAGAUCGAGGUGCCGAUAGUGGACAGAUAUACCUGCGAGCGGCAACUGCAUGAACUUUUGAGGUAUUCCUCAGACUUCAGGCUGGAUGACACCCUGAUGUGCGCCGGCGGAGAAAUCGGCAAGGAUUCGUGCGACGGCGACGGAGGAGCACCUCUGUUCUGUCCGAUCCGAGGCGAUCCCCAGAGGUUCGAGCAGGCCGGCAUCGUGGCCUUUGGAAUCGGAUGCGGAGAGGCGAUCCCUGCAGUCUACACUGAUGUUUCCAAAAUGAGCGGCUGGAUAACACAGCAGAUCGAGGCGAAUUUAAUUGGGAAGCAGCCGCAGCCGAAUUAUGGGUGGAAAAACACAAGUAUCCGUCAGGGAGAUAGACAUGCACUAGAUGGAGGCAGAAGAAAUGUUCCAAAUGAAGAUGAUAAAGCGGCUGGGAUUGUACCAAACGAUUCCUCAAAUAGUGACCAAGAAAAUCUGCCCAGUGAAGAAACUGGGAAUUAUUUUCCCAAUGGGGGUAAAGAGCAAGUUGCAGGCGGAAAAGAUGUGCAUUCGAAUUAUGGAGACCCUAGACCAACUCCAGUUAGAUAUAAUCCAAAUGACGGUCGAGCGAGUGGAUAUGGUUUAGGUGGAGGCGAAAGGUAUCCGGCAAAUGAAGACCAAAAACAUGUUCCCGCUGCAGGCAACAGAUAUGAACCAAAAGAUAUUCCCGGUGAAAACGAAAGACAUGUUCCAAAUAGUCGCAUAGAAAAAGUUGUAGGUGGAGACCAAGAAAAUCGAUAUUUUUCAAAUAGUAAAGGUAACCGUAUUGUAAUCAAAAAAUCCAUUCAAAAAAAUGUAAUACUUAAUGAAAGUACGAAAACUACAGCGCCGAGCUUACCUGUUUCCAUGAUACUGAUAAAAGCUUAAAACUUUUUUCAAAAAUUAUCAAUAAAAAUGGUUGCAAACAUUU